AUGGCGGUCUUCGACAUAACCACUCAGGGAGAGAAGGACUGUUGGAUACAUGCGGCAGUAAAGACUGCCGAGUGCGAGCAUAAGAAGGAGAGCAAGGAUAGGGAGAGAGGGAACACGCGCCAUGCAAUUGACUACGAAGGCAAUAAGGUCAAAGAGUGUGUGUGCAGACGAGAAAGAUUGAGAGCAGAAGACAAUGUAGUCUGCCUUCGACAUGUAUUUAAUCGACAGCAAAGACAUGUCUCAUACACAUUGAGUUCUAUUCACAUCAUAGCGGCCAUGAAACGCACACAGCAGCACAAGCACAACAGAGCCAACACGCACAGCACUAAGAAGAGCGGAGCGGAUUGGACACAACCCACAGAAGAGCGCACGAAGAGAGCAGAGACAAGACACCAGGGGGGGAACACGCCAGCAGCGCAGCAGCAAGACGCAGACAAGGAGGAGCAACAACACAGCACAGGGGGAGAAGCCAAACUAGCAGACACACGAAGCAAAGAAAAGACGAGAGCAGAGAAACAACGCAAGCGACACGACACAGCGCAGCUGAAGGAGAAGAAGCACACAACAAGCACAAGAAGACAAAACAGACAGCACACACAACAAGACGAGAGCAAAACCGAGGGCGACAGACGCACAGACGGGCACGGGAGAAAGAACACACUGAACAAGACAACCCAGCACAAGCACGACAAGAAGAGACAGAGAGAGAGACCACACCAACACAAACAGAACAAAUAA